AUGGACGACUUCCCUCGCAAUUCGAAGUGCUACACAAACGCAAUCGAAAACAGACUGGACAUACGUGAUUUCGAGUCUCUGAACGGCGUAGUACAGAAUCUUAUACGCGAAGCGGUUAAAAUUCGUGAAAAAGCGUAUUGCCCGUACUCAAACUUCGCCGUCGGCGCCGCGUUACUUACCGAAGAAGACACAAAAGUCUACACAGGGUGCAACAUAGAAAACGCCGCGAUGUCCCCGACACUAUGCGCAGAACGAACGGCGAUACCGAAAGCAGUCUCGGACGGAUACUUGAAGAUCAAAAUGAUAGCUAUCGUAGCCCACCAAAAGGACUCCUUCACAGCCCCCUGCGGGGUGUGUAGGCAGACGCUAAGUGAAUUCCGGGGAAGCGACGGCGACGUACAGAUAUAUCUAUGCAAACCCACCAUGGACCAAGUUUUGUGCACAUCGCUAUCGGAAAUAUUGCCAUUAUCAUUCGUUAGUUAUAAAACGGACAGCGUCAAAUCGUGA